AUGGAUCAUACACGUCGCUUGCGCGUGUAUCUGCGCCUGCACUCCCCGUCUCAGCCAGCCCUGCAACGGCCUUUAGAACCAACGUCUCCAGCCUCUGGUCUAGGCGCAUCGAUCUUAGCCCCAGCAGAAACCCAUCUUGCAUCUAGAGCACAUACACAUUACAAGGAACGUGCAUUGUGUGCACAAGCAGCAUCAACGGCUUUGUGGAGGCGAAAAAGGAAAACCCACUUCGACUUGCAUGCCUUACAUCUACGGCCCUCGAGAUCAGCAAAGCCUCAUUUCUUUAAAACUUGGAGGGAAAAUGGAAUGGCGGACAAUGACACGACGGGCUGUGCCAUUGCAACGUUAUCUACGGCGGUGAAGGGAAGAUCCCACCCAAAGUGCUCUGCCACAUAG